CCCCCAAAUUAAGCUAUUGCACGCAGACAGGCAGCAUGGCAAGCAAGCGAAAAUCCACCACCCCAUGCAUGGUUCGGACACCGCAAGUAGUAGAACAAGAUGUGCCCGAGGAAGGAGACAGGGCCAAAGAGAAAGGAAUCAGCACGCCACAGCCUGAAGCAGCCAAGGACAGUUGGACAGUGGAACCCGAAAACUCUUCCAAAGAAAAUGAAGUGAUAGAGGUGAAAUCUACAGGGGAAAACCAAUCCAAAAAACUCCAAGGUGGUUAUGAAUGCAAAUACUGCCCCUACUCCACGCAGAACCUGAACGAGUUCACGGAGCACGUCGACAUGCAGCACCCCAACGUGAUUCUGAACCCCCUCUACGUGUGUGCCGAAUGUAACUUCACAACCAAAAAGUACGACUCCUUGUCUGACCACAACUCCAAGUUCCAUCCCGGGGAGACCAACUUCAAGCUGAAGUUGAUCAAGCGCAAUAAUCAGACUGUCUUAGAGCAGUCCAUCGAAGCCACCAACCACGUCGUGUCCAUCGCCACCAGUGGCCCGGCGAGCGGUGACAGCGAUCCUGGGAUCUCCGUGAGUAAGACCCCCAUCAUGAAGCCAGGGAAACCAAAAGCUGAUGCCAAGAAGGUGCCCAAGAAGCCCGAGGAGGCCACCCCCGAGAACCACGUGGAGGGGACGGCCCGCCUGGUGACCGACGCGGCUGAGAUCCUCUCGAGACUCGGAGGUGUGGAGCUCCUCCAGGACACGCUAGGGCACGUCAUGCCUUCUGUCCAGCUCCCACCAAAUAUCAACCUUGUCCCCAAGGUCCCCGUCCCGCUGAAUACUACCAAAUACAACUCCGCCCUGGACACGAAUGCCACCAUGAUCAACUCCUUCAACAAGUUCCCUUACCCAACGCAGGCUGAGUUGUCCUGGCUAACCGCGGCUUCCAAACACCCAGAGGAGCACAUCAGAAUCUGGUUUGCCACACAGCGCUUAAAGCACGGCAUCAGCUGGUCCCCAGAGGAGGUGGAGGAGGCCCGGAAAAAGAUGUUUAAUGGCACCAUCCAGUCGGUACCCCCGACGAUCACCGUGCUGCCAGCCCAGUUGGCGCCCACAAAGAUGUCACAGCCCAUCCUCCAGACAGCGCUGCCAUGCCAGAUUCUCGGCCAGACCAGCCUGGUGCUGACUCAGGUGACGAGCGGGUCAACAACCGUUUCCUGCUCCCCCAUCACGCUUGCCGUGGCUGGAGUGACCAACCACGGCCAAAAGAGACCGUUAGUGACUCCCCAAGCUGCCUCUGAGCCCAAGCGUCCACAUGUCGCUCAGGUGCCAGAGCCCCCACCCAAGGUGGCCAACCCUUCGCUGACCCCGGCCAGCGACCGCAAGAAGACAAAGGAGCAGAUUGCACAUCUCAAGGCGAGCUUUCUCCAGAGCCAGUUCCCUGACGAUGCAGAGGUCUAUCGGCUCAUCGAGGUGACCGGCCUUGCCAGGAGUGAGAUCAAGAAGUGGUUCAGCGACCACCGGUACCGGUGUCAAAGGGGCAUCGUCCACAUCACCAGCGAAUCCCUUGCCAAAGACCAGCUGGCCAUCGCAGCCUCCCGACACGGCCGCACGUACCACGCAUACCCAGACUUUGCCCCACAGAAAUUCAAAGAAAAAACCCCGGGCCAGGUUAAAAUCCUAGAAGACAGCUUUCUGAAAAGCUCCUUCCCGACCCAAGUAGAACUGGAUAGGCUAAGGGUGGACACGAAACUGAGCAGGAGAGAGAUUGAAUCCUGGUUCUCGGAGAGACGGAAGCUUCGGGACAGCAUGGAGCAAGCUGUCUUGGAUUCCAUGGGGGCUGGCAAAAAAGGCCAAGACGUGGUGGCCCCCAACGGUGCUCUGUCUCGGCUCGACCAGCUCUCUGGGGCCCAGCUAGCCGGUGCUCUGCCCAGCCCUUCACCAGCAAUUACGAAGAGCCAAGAACAGGUACAUCUCCUGAGGAGCACGUUUGCAAGAACCCAGUGGCCUACCCCCCAGGAGUAUGACCAGUUAGCAGCCAAGACCGGCCUGGUCCGAACUGAAAUUGUGCGUUGGUUCAAGGAGAACAGAUGCUUGCUAAAAACCGGGACCUUAAAGUGGAUGGAGCAGUUCCAGCACCAGCACCUGGCUGGCGAGCACAGUUACGACGCCGCGCAGAGGAGAGCCGCGAGGGCCGGCACCGCCGAGAGCCCGAAGAACGGGAGCGAGGUGGCUCAGCCACAUUACAAGGACCCCAAAAAGCUCUGCGAAGAGGACUUGGAGAAGUUGGUACCCAGGGUGAAAGUGAGCAACGAGCAAGCAAAAGAUGGGGCGCCGGCCAAGCCUCCAGAAGCCACCUCGGACAGGUCAGAGGGCAGUGGCGGGGAUGGCCCGGGCAGCGAUGAGAACGAGGAGUCGGGCGUUGUGGAUUGGGUGGAGGUCACGGUCGGAGAGGAGGACGCCGUCUCAGACAGGUCCGACAGCUGGAGUCAGACCGCAGCCGAAGGCGCCGCAGAACUGGCCGGCUCGGACUCCGACAGCAUCCCUGCCGAGGCCGGCCAGGCCUAACAGGGACGUCCGUCAGAACUGCAUUGCUGAUAAAGGGGACUCUCUGUCUUUGACGAAAGAAGAGAACCUCCCUCCCCGGCCGUGGGCCACCCUGGCCAGAGACUCCAAGUGGAACCACUUAGCGGGCGCGUGGCUGCAGGGUACAAGAACCCCCUUCCUCACUCACACCGCCCAGAGGACCGGUGGGAAUUGUUCAUAGUGCCAAAGUCCUACUACUGCGUUUUCAAUGGGUCCCUGUAAAUAGUUUGCGCCUUCGCCCUGGCCCCCACCUCUUGCUAUACUGGAACCAAUUUGUACAAUGUGGGAAUUUUGUUACCUUUUUAAUCAAGGGCAACGUCCUUUUCCAGCACUACCAUUGUAAGGUUUUUUCCAGGCGGGAGGGCUGAUCACACGUGCUUUUCUCUUUUUUCCUUUUCUUUUUUUUUAAACUUUAUUUUAUUAAUUUUGGGGAGGGGGGAUGUUAGCAUUAGUGCCAUUAUAUCUACUGGAUUUUAGGUAGGGAGAGUUCAUUUUUUUUUUUAAAGUAGUUUGAAAUUUGGGCGAUUUCUCUGUGGGAAGGGCUAGGAUUGGGGCAUCUGUCUCCACUUUGAGAGGGUUUACAGAUGACAGAUCUUCCCCAUCAGACCCAUUUCCAGUUCUUCCCCCAGCCACCCCUGGGGUCCCUGUUUAGCCACGCACAA